CACCACCGUCGCCUCCAUCGCCUCCUUUCCCUCCGCGAUUCCCAACCAAACCAAGAAGCAAACCAACCAAUCAACCAACGUGCCAGCGCCAGCGCACCACCGACGGCUCCCCGUCGCCACCGCCGCCGGUGAUCGAGGCGGGCCCGCAGGCCGGAUCUCGGGAGGAGAAGGAGGAGGACGAGCAAUCGGAGCAUGUCGCUGUCGCCGUCGUCGUCGGGGGACGAGGAGGAGGAGGACGAGGGCGUCGACGGCUACCGCAAGGGCGGCUACCACGCCGUGCGCCCCGGGGACCAGUUCGCCGCCGGACGCUACGUCGCCCAGCGCAAGCUCGGCUGGGGAAACUUCUCCACCGUCUGGCUCGCCUUCGACCUCGAGACCCAGAAAUUCGUGGCUCUUAAGAUCCAGAAGAGCGCGCCAGAGUUUGCUCAAGCCGCUCUUCACGAGAUUGAGUUCCUCUCGGAGAUCACCAAGAGAGAUCCGGAAAACUGCAAACACACCAUCCAGCUGAUAGAACACUUCAAGCACACGGGGCCAAAUGGGCAGCAUGUCUGCCUUGUUUUUGAAUUCCUCGGGGACAGCUUACUUAAGCUAGUACAGUACAACCGCUACAAGGGCAUUGGAUUGGGUAGGGUGAGGGAGAUAUGCAGGUCUAUUUUGGUAGGUCUUGAUUACUUGCACCGAGAGCUUGGAAUCAUCCAUUCGGAUCUGAAGCUUGAGAACGUCCUACUUGUUUCAACAAUCGAUCCCUCCAAGGACCCCAUUCGCUCCGGACUUAAACCUAAUCUUGAUAGGCCUGAGGGGAAUCCUAACGGGGAAGCUGUCCUUAACCCGAUUGAAAAGAAGCUGAAGAUGAGAGCAAGGAGGGUUCUUGCAAAGCUUGCUGAGAAAAGGAAAACAGCUGCCGAGUUUGCACGCUCAGAGAGAAGCUUGGAAGGGAUCGAUAUGACAUGCAAGAUUGUGGAUUUUGGAAAUGCUUGCUGGGCUGACAAGCAGUUUACAGAUUUUAUUCAGACAAGGCAGUACCGAGCGCCUGAGGUCAUUCUAGGUUCAGGAUACUCAUUUCCUGUUGAUAUGUGGUCGUUUGCGUGUAUUGCUUUUGAGCUCGCAACAGGUGAAAUGCUAUUUACACCCAAGGAAGGGCAUGGGUACAGCGAAGAUGAGGAUCACUUGGCUUUAAUGAUGGAGGUUCUGGGAAAGAUGCCAAAAAAGAUUGCUACGAUGGGAACAAAAUCGAAGGAGUAUUUUGACCGACAUGGAGAUCUGAAACGGAUAAGAAGGCUGAAGAUCUCGUCUAUUGAACGUGUCCUAGUUGACAAAUAUAAAAUUCCUCAAUCAGAUGCUCGUGAAUUUGCUGAGUUUCUUGGCCCUUUACUUGAUUUUGCCCCAGAGAAGCGCCCAACGGCUGCACAGUGCUUACAGAACAAAUGGCUCCAGUGUGAUGAUGGUAAGACCGUUGCCAACAUUGCUACUAAGAGCAUUGGUGUAACAGGCAAUGUCGAAAGUGUGCCUGACAGUCGUGCCAAGAUAAUUGAAGGAAAGGGGAACACUGGAAGCAGAAUUAACAGUAACACUGACAAUGCUGAUGUAGUACGACCCACUGAAAGCAUUGCAAAUAGGAAUUCCAAAAGCACUGAUGUAAAUCCCAACACUGGUACAAUCAUGAGUAGGGAUGGGCAUAACUCUGAUGGAAAGGCCCACACUGGGAGCGUCACAAACAAGAAUGUCAAAAGGAUCUCUGAUGUAAAGCCUUUAACUGGAAGCAUCUCCAACAAAGAUGACAAAAUCAUUGAUACAAAGCCCAGUUUGGGGAGCAUUGCCAGCAAGGAUGAUAAGAGUAGUGACAGAAAGAUCAGCAUUGGAAGCGCUGCCAACAGAGAUGCCAAGAACACUGAAGGGAAGCGAAACAUUCGUAGUGUUGUGAACAGUUAUAUGAAGAACUUGGAUGCAAAGCGGAACUCUGGAAGCAUAGCCAAUAGUGAAGUCAAGGACUUGGAUGUGAAGCCCAGCAGUGGAGGUAUUGCCAGUGCUGAUGCCAACAGUACUAGUGUAAAACCGAACAUUGGAAGGGUUGAAAACAGUGAUGUCACGAGUGCUGGAAGUGUUGAAACCAGCGAUGUCAUGAGUACUAGUGUGACGGCAAACACGGAUGAUGUUCCCAGCAGUGGGGCCAAGUUACAGACAAACAGCGGAACUGUUGAUGAGGACGACACUGAUUCACAACCAAAUGUUGGACGAGUUGCAGCAAGCAUACAGAAAUUGGAGAGCAGCAUGAGUAAGGUGCAAAUCGGGAGAUAUCGGUGAGAAAACACAUGCUGGCGGCGGUCAAGUUUUGAUUAUUUUCAUCAAAACUUGGAUCUGUUUGUUGUGGAGAGGCAUAUUCUUUUUCAUUAGAUUUGUAUCAUUGAUUUGUUACGGAGGUUAAUAACUACUUAUGUGGAGCCAACCUUCAGCAAGACCGAGGACCUGGCAAGCACCAACGGGCACUUCAUAUAUCUAUAUUCUUGCUAACUGUAAAAAGUUUUCCAUUUGCCCACAGAAUAUACACGGAGAGGUUCAUAUUCCUUUUAUAUGUCCCUGGACAAGUUGUAUUAAUGCUCACAGAUUAUUUGGCAUUCAAGGUACAUAACAUUUUUUAAACUUUUGGUGGGUAUCCUACUUUUACCCCAGGAAUGUAUAUGUAUAUUUGAUACACAGGCCAAAGAUUCAUGUCGGUAAUUCUGUUGGAUACA